UCAAGACUAAGAAUGCAGAUAUCUUUGUCACUUGUGAUACCACCAAGGAUGUCUUAAACUUACUCCAAACCUAUCAAGCACCCGAAACACGCUAUGGUCUUGAUUGGACAAAGAAGGACGAAGAAAAUAGACAGUCUUUAAUUUAAAAUAAAAUAAAACAAACAAUACAUCUUUUUUCUUUUCUAAAAAAAAAAAUACAUGGGCGUACAAGGGUUAACGAAUAUUCUUGUACGUUAUGCACCGAGUGCCGUCCGUGAAAUCCGAGCCAACACUUUAUCAAAGCAAACGAUUGCAUUCGACGCCAGUUGUCAUUUAAACAAAUUUAUUUAUGGCGAAGAUAAAGGUGUACCCCAUCGUCACAUUCACGGUUUUUAUCAAUUAGCUCGCUUCUGUCAACUCAACCACAUUACUCCCAUCUUUGUCUUUGACGGUCCAGGUCGUUUACCCGCCAAACACCUCGAGACCGAGAAAAGAGCACGCUCACGACGUAAAGUCAAACACUCACUCUUGUUUGAACAGAACCAGUCUACUCGUUUAGACGCUUGGUCUCAACUCACCACGGCAUUAGCAGAGAAUUCGGGAGCUUGUUAUCCUACCGUACAACCCGACAUUGAAUCCAAACUGACCGUCAUGGCCAAAGAAUUAAGGCAGGCACUUUCCAAUUCGGCUGACAGUGAGAAAUAUACGAGAACAGUACGAGAGUUAGCCAUACGAGAAGACGGUCUUGUCACAGACAUGAUGUUACAUCGAAUCAAGGAGGCUCAAUCUUGUUUAAAGACACUUCAAAGAGACAACCUCGCCAUGACACAUUCCUUGGAGGUCGUUUCAAAUCACACAGACAAUACGCACAGAAUGUCAAGAUUUUUUAAAAGCACUAGGAUUCGUAUGUUUUUCCACCAACGAUCAUGAAGCAGAGGCCAUGUGUGCCAACCUUUCAAAGCAAGGUAGAACCACAGCUACCGUCAGUGAAGAUCUAGAUACGUUGGUCUUUGGUGAUGCACCCAUCUUGCGCCAUUUCUUUUCCAAAGCACGACCGAUUCUUCAAAUGGACCCAAUCGUGGCACGCAAAGAACUAGGUCUAUCGCGUGCUUCAUUUGUUGACCUUUGUAUCCUCUGUGGCACAGAUUUCUCGGGUACGAUACGUGGGAUUGGCCCUCAUCGUGCUGUCGAAUGGAUCAAGAAAUAUGGGUCCAUUGAACGUAUCUUGGAACAUUUAGACUCCACAACGUAUGAAGCAUCACCCACGUUUAAUUAUCAAUUGGCUAGAGAUGUAUUUCAUCAUUUGCCACCUAUACCCUCCCAUGACGAUGCCUAUGUGG